UUUUCUAUCUGAUUUUUAUUUAAUUUAUCUUUGUUUGUUCUUUUUGGCUCCUUGGACUUCAAUUUUGAAAACAAAAAAAAAUUGUGAUAAUUUACUUUACUUUUGUCAAAUUCAUUCGAAAAAUUGCUUAUUUUUUGAGACUUAUCUCUUCAUUUUGAUAAUCUUCGGUCUUCAAAUGUGUGUGUAUAUAUUACUCGCUUCCAUUUCAAUCAUCAUUGAGAUUUAGAAAACAAAACUAAAAAAAAAUGAAUGAAUUAUUUCGAAAUUUUGGCUUUGCAUCAGCAACAGCCUCAACAACAACAACAACAGAAACAACGGCCAAUUCAUCGAUAAUAGAUCGAACGAUUGGUGAAAAUUAUCCAACAAAUAAUCCAUCUGUUGGUGAUAUUGUUGAUAUUGGAACUUAUCAUUUACGUCUUGAACUGUUAAUUGCUGAAGGUGGAUUUGGUUAUGUUUAUCAGGCAAAAGAUUUAAAAACAAAUAAAAUUUAUGCUAUUAAACGUAUGAUCUCUUCGGAUAAUGAAUCACGUAAUGAAAUUGAAAAUGAAAUUUCAAUUUUGGAACGUAUACAAACACAUAGACAUAUAAUGGAAUUUUAUGGUUAUAAUAUUAUUAAAUCGAAUAUUUAUUAUCUUUUGUGUGAACAUUGUGGAUCAGGAUCAUUAAAAGAUUUUAAAUUACCAAUCAUCGAUAAACAACUGUUGAAUCGUAUUAUAUUUCAAUUAACAUUAGCAUUGGAAAAAUUGCAUCAAAUGAAUAUUAUACAUAGAGAUAUUAAAAUUGAAAACAUUCUGUUUGAUUCGAAUGGUUUUCUAAAACUAUGUGAUUUUGGUUCAGCAACUGAUAAAUCAUAUAAACCUAAUCACGAUUGGACACCAAUGCAACGAUCAUUGUUAGAAGAUGAAAUGAAUCGUCAUACAACACCAAUGUAUCGUCCACCAGAAAUUCUUGAUACAUAUCUUCAUUAUGAAAUUAAUACAUCAAUGGAUAUUUGGGCGCUUGGUUGUUUAAUAUUCUGUUUACGUUUUGGUCAACAUCCAUUUGAAGAUUCUUCGAAAUUACGUAUUAUUAAUUGUAAAUAUACAUUACCAUCAACGGUAAAUCAUCAAGAACCGAUUAUAGAUUUAAUCAAACAAUGUUUACAAGUAAAUCCAUCGGAUCGAAUCGAUUGUUCAACAAUAUUGAAAGUAAUGAAUAAAAAUUUUGUCGAUCUAAAUUCUCCUUGUUUGAUACCGAAAAUGGAUACGAAAUUAUCACCGACCAUUAGCGAACAACCAUCAACAACAACAACAAAUUUGCAAUCUCCUGUUGUUGUUCAAGCAGUACCUGGUAUUGCACAAUCAUAUUUUGCUGGUUUUACGAAAUAUCUUAAAGAUACAUCCAGUAAAGUUAUGCAAACUGUUCAAAAUUCUAUUGCAAGACAAGAUUUAGAUAUGACAUUUUAUACAUCACGUUUAUUGGUUAUGUCUUAUCCAGCCGAAGGUUUAGAAUCUGCAUAUCGUAAUCAUAUUGAUGAUGUUCGUGCUGUACUUGAAUCACGUGAUGCACCAUAUUUAGUCGUGAAUAUUAGUGGACGUUCAUAUGAUCAUUCGAUUAAAUUUGGUCCAAAAAUUCAAGUUAUUGAUGGUGGUGGCAGUAAUAAUUAUUGGAAAGAUUCAAAACGAAUUGCACCAUUAUAUUCAAUUAUUUCAUUAUGCGAUCAAAUAUUUAAAUGGAUGAAUUUGAAUAAUCGUAAUACGAUUGUCAUUCAUUGUAUGGAUGGCAAAAAUAAUUCCUCAAUAUUAACCAUAUCAUUUUUAAUUUUAAUCGGUUUGUUUAAUGAUUAUCAUCAAGCGCUAAAAUUUUUCCUAUUGAAACGAAAUCCACUCGAUUUAACUAUAUCACAAUAUCGUUAUCUUGGUUAUAUAACAAAGCUCAAAAAAGAAGAAAAAUAUAUGGAUUUUUUUUCAUCGAAAAAACAAUCAGUAAUAAUCAGAUCGAUUAAAAUGUUUGGUAUACCAUUAUUUACAAAACUAAGAGAUGGUUGUCGUCCUUUUUUGGAAUUAUAUUCAAAUUUAUCCGAAAAAAUUUAUUCAACAUUUAGUGAUUAUGAAAAAUUAAUACAAUAUUCAAAAGGAAUCAAUGAAUUUGUAAUAUGGCAGGAUAUUAAUGUAAAAUUUGAUUUAACAACCGAUUUGUAUUUGGUUAUUUAUCAUGCAAGAUCAACAAUUAGUUCAAAAAUGUUAAAUCAACAAAAACCAACGGCAAUACGGAUAACAUCAUUACAAUUUAAUUUAUUUUUUGAAAAUAAUGAUCAAGAUUUGGGCCAGCAUAAAAUUGAAUUCAAUUUGACUGAUUUGGAUCAUAUUGAAGAAUUGGAUAGGUUUCCAUUUGAUUUUAGAAUUGAAAUUGAUUAUGAAAUCAUUUCAAACAACAGAAGAAUUGAUAAUGAUUGUUUAAAUGAAAAACAAUUUCAAUCAAAAAUCAAUGAAUUAGAAAUAAUGUUAAUCGAUAAACCGGAAUGUAUAUUUGUUGAUAAUCGUGAAUAUGAAGAAUUUCUUGAAUUAAAUUCUGAUGUCCUAAUGAUGAAACAUGACGACGAUCCUCGUGAAAUUAAAACCGACUCUGUUUAUACUCAACAACAAUCAUCAUUAUUGGUUGAUACGGAAAAAUCUUCACCGAUUCAAAAUGAUAUUGAUUUUCUUUAUAUGAAAAUGAACAAUAUUAACCUGUUAGAAGAGUGCAAUAAUGAUAAUGAAUUAACAAACAACAACCAUCAAGAAAAAACUGAUUUAUUAGUAAAUCUUAGUUUUGGUGAAUCAUCAAAUCAGGAAAAUGAACAAAGGAAAUUUUCCAAUGAUUUAUUAAAAUCUUCAAAUGAAAUUGAUUUAUUCAGUAAUAAUGAUGAUUUAUAUGGUAAUUCUAAAUUAACAACCGAUGAUCUUCUUAAUAUGGAUCAAUCACCUGAUUUUGAUGAUAAACUAGUGUUUCCAACUACGACAACAACAACAAAUUCAUCAUUAAAUCCAACAAGGAUUGGUGGUGGUGGUAUCACGAAAAUGGAUUCGAAUCUUAAAUCAAAAAAUCCAUCUACACCAAAUCUUGCUAGGGCUUUUGAUCCUUUUGGUGAUCUUAAUGAUUAUCUAAAUUUUUCAAAUAAUGAAACUUGUAAAUCAUCAAUUCCAUUGGGAUCUAUACCUCGUGUUGCUUCUUUUAAUAAUUUUCCUGAAGACUCGAAAACGAAUAAAGGUUCAGCGACAACAACAACAACGUCAGCAUCAACAACAACAAAUUAUCAAACAAAACCAAUACGACCGGAUUAUAGUCGUCAUAAUUUUGAUGAUAUAUUUUCAAGAACCGGAUUGAAAACACCACGUGUUAAUGGAAAUGAAUUUGAAGAUCUUUUAUGUGGUUUUAAAAAAACUAAUCCAGAUAAUAAUAAUAAUGCAAAUAAAACUAUGGCACAAAUUCGUAAAGCAGAAAUGCUUAAAUCGGGUGCCAAUCCUAUCAUCAUGAAAGUUGGUGAAUGGACUGAAAAUAAAGAGAAAAAUAUACGUGCUUUACUUUGUUCAUUGAAUACUAUUGUAUGGGAUGGUUGUAAUUGGACACCGAUUGGUAUGCAUCAAUUAUUAACACCGAAUGAUGUGAAAAAAAUGUAUAGAAAAGCUUGUUUGGCUAUUCAUCCGGAUAAAUUGGUAGGUAGUCCACAUGAAGAAUUGGCCAAAUAUAUUUUUAUGGAAUUAAAUGAAGCUUGGUCAGAAUUUGAAAAAAAUCCCAAGUAAAAAUCAAUCAAUCCAAGGAAUAUCCUGUUUGUUUUCAUCGGAAAAUUCUUUUUUGAUCCGGUUGUAAUGAUAAUCAAUACGCAACACAUUGUUUUUUUUUGUAGAAAAAAAAUCCUGCGAUAUUUGUUUUUGUGACCUUAAAAGAUGUUAAUAAUCGGUUUUGGUUAUUUCUA